AUGUAAACGAAUGUGACUUGAAUUCCAACAUCUGUAUGUUUGGAGAGUGUGAGAACACCAAGGGCUCCUUCAUUUGUCACUGUCAACUUGGAUACUCAGUCAAGAAAGGAACGACUGGGUGUACAGAUGUGGACGAGUGUGAGAUUGGGGCCCACAACUGUGAUGCACAUGCCUCAUGUGUCAAUGUCCCAGGAAGCUUCAAAUGCAGCUGCAGAGAGGGUUGGGUUGGAAAUGGCAUUAAAUGUAUUGAUCUUGAUGAAUGUUCGAAUGGAACCCACCAGUGUAGUGUGAAUGCUCAGUGUGUGAACACACCUGGAUCAUAUCGCUGUGCCUGUGCUGAAGGGUUCACAGGAGAUGGAUUCACUUGUUCUGAUGUUGAUGAGUGUGCAGAAAAUGUUAAUCUGUGUGAGAAUGGACAGUGCCUCAAUGUCCCUGGUGCCUACCGUUGUGAGUGUGAGAUGGGAUUCACUCCAGCUUCAGACAGCAAAUCAUGCCAAGAUAUUGACGAAUGCUCUUUUCAAAAUAUAUGUGUAUUUGGCACCUGUAAUAACUUACCAGGAAUGUUUCAUUGCAUCUGUGAUGAUGGCUAUGAACUGGAUAGAACUGGAGGAAACUGUACAGAUAUUGAUGAGUGUGCUGAUCCCAUUAACUGUGUUAAUGGACUCUGUGUGAAUACUCCUGGGAGAUACGAAUGUAACUGUCCACCAGAUUUCCAGCUGAACCCAACUGGAGUGGGUUGUGUGGACAAUCGUGUAGGCAAUUGUUACCUGAAAUAUGGACCCCGAGGGGAUGGAAGCCUAUCCUGCAACACUGAAAUUGGAGUUGGAGUCAGUCGUUCUUCAUGCUGCUGCUCUUUGGGAAAGGCCUGGGGGAACCCCUGUGAGACUUGUCCCCCUGUAAACAGCACCGAAUACAAUACUCUGUGUCCAGGGGGUGAAGGAUUUAGACCAAAUCCCAUCACUAUUAUUUUAGAAGACAUUGAUGAAUGUCAGGAGUUGCCUGGUCUUUGCCAAGGUGGAAACUGUAUCAAUACUUUUGGCAGUUUCCAGUGUGAAUGUCCACAAGGCUACUACCUCAGUGAAGAGACACGCAUCUGUGAAGAUAUUGAUGAGUGUGUUGCACAUCCCGGUGUCUGUGGUCCUGGCACCUGCUACAACACCUUGGGGAACUACACCUGCAUUUGUCCUCCUGAGUAUAUGCAGGUCAAUGGAGGACAUAACUGCAUGGACAUGCGGAAGAGUUUUUGCUAUAGAAGUUAUAAUGGAACCACCUGUGAGAAUGAACUGCCCUUCAAUGUGACCAAGAGGAUGUGCUGCUGCACAUACAAUGUUGGCAAAGCCUGGAACAAACCUUGUGAGCCAUGUCCAACACCAGGAACAGCUGAAUUUAAGACCAUAUGUGGGAACAUUCCUGGCUUCACCUUUGACAUCCACACUGGCAAAGCUGUUGAUAUUGAUGAAUGUAAGGAGAUUCCAGGGAUUUGUGCAAAUGGUGUCUGUAUUAAUCAGAUUGGUAGUUUCCGCUGUGAAUGUCCCACAGGAUUCAGCUACAAUGACCUGCUCCUGGUUUGCGAAGAUAUUGAUGAGUGCAGCAAUGGAGACAACCUGUGUCAAAGAAAUGCAGACUGUAUCAAUAGCCCUGGCAGUUACCGAUGUGAAUGUGCUGCGGGUUUCAAACUUUCACCCAAUGGAGCCUGUGUUGAUCGCAAUGAAUGCCUGGAAAUUCCUAAUGUUUGCAGUCAUGGCUUGUGUGUGGACAUGCAAGGAAGUUACCAGUGCAUCUGUCACAAUGGUUUUAAAGCAUCUCAGGACCAGACUAUGUGCAUGGAUGUUGAUGAAUGUGAGCGCCAUCCAUGUGGAAAUGGAACUUGUAAAAACACGGUUGGAUCAUACAACUGUCUGUGUUACCCAGGAUUUGAGCUCACUCAUAAUAAUGAUUGUAUGGAUAUUGAUGAGUGCAGUUCCUUCUUUGGUCAGGUGUGCAGAAAUGGACGAUGUUUUAAUGAAAUUGGGUCUUUCAAAUGUUUAUGUAAUGAAGGCUAUGAACUUACUCCAGAUGGCAAGAAUUGCAUUGAUACAAAUGAGUGUGUGGCACUUCCUGGCUCAUGCUCUCCUGGUACGUGCCAGAACUUGGAAGGUUCAUUCAGAUGCAUUUGUCCACCAGGAUAUGAAGUGAAAAGUGAAAGCUGUAUAGAUAUUAAUGAAUGCAAUGAGGACCCCAACAUCUGUCUCUUUGGCUCCUGUACCAAUACUCCAGGAGGAUUCCAGUGCAUUUGUCCCACAGGCUUUGUGCUGUCUGACAAUGGAAGGAGGUGCUUUGAUACCCGCCAGAGCUUCUGUUUUACUAACUUUGAGAAUGGGAAGUGUUCUGUUCCAAAAGCAUUUAACACCACCAAGGCAAAGUGUUGCUGCAGUAAGAUGCCAGGAGAAGGAUGGGGUGACCCCUGUGAGCUCUGCCCCAAAGAAGAGGAAGUUGCUUUCCAGGAUUUGUGCCCUUAUGGUCAUGGAACUAUUCCUGGAAUUGAUGAUACACGUGAAGAUGUCAAUGAAUGUCUUGAGAGCCCAGGCAUUUGUUCAAAUGGCCACUGUAUCAACACUGAUGGCUCAUUCCGCUGUGAGUGCCCCAUGGGAUACAACUUAGAUUAUACUGGAGUGCACUGCGUAGAUACUGAUGAAUGUUCAAUUGGGAAUCCAUGUGGAAAUGGCACAUGCACUAAUGUGAUUGGUAGUUUUGAAUGCAACUGUCAUGAAGGGUUUGAGCCAGGCCCAAUGAUGAAUUGUGAAGAUAUAAAUGAGUGUGCACAGAACCCUUUGCUCUGUGCUUUUCGGUGCAUCAACACAUAUGGUUUCUAUGAAUGCACAUGCCCCAUUGGCUAUGAACUGCGAGAAGACCAAAAGAUGUGCAAAGAUCUGGAUGAAUGUGCUGAAGAGCUCCACGAUUGCAGAUCAAGAGGCAUGAUGUGCAAAAACCUGAUUGGUACCUUCAUGUGUAUCUGCCCUCCUGGAAUGACACGUAGACCUGAUGGAGAAGGCUGCAUGGAUGAAAAUGAAUGCCGAACCAAGCCAGGUAUCUGUGAAAAUGGGCGCUGUGUGAACACCAUUGGAAGCUAUCGGUGUGACUGCAAUGAGGGAUUUCAAUCAAGCCCAUCCGGCACUGAGUGCCUUGAUAACCGCCAAGGAUUCUGCUUUGCAGAAGUGUUACAGACCAUGUGUCAGAUGGCUUCUAGCAGCCGUAAUCUUGUCACCAAGUCGGAGUGCUGCUGUGAUGGAGGUAGAGGUUGGGGUAACCAGUGUGAGCUGUGCCCACUUCCAGGGACCACUCAGUAUAAGAAACUCUGUCCACAUGGACCAGGCUACACUACAGAUGGAAGAGGUAUUUUGGGGGCAAACAGAAUAAGUGGGGACUGACCUAAAUUGCAGAGAGACA